AUGCAGUACCGAGAGUUAAUGCAGUCAGCCAUCAUGCUGUGCUGGGUGGAAUGUAGUCAAUCAUCAUGCAAUACUGAUUGUGAAUGCAUUCAAUCGUCAUGCAAUACUGAGAGUGAAUGUUGUCACAAACCAUCCGUUGCUGAGAGUGAAUGCAGCCAACAAUCACACAGUGAUGAGAGUGAAUGUAGUCUACCAUCAAGCUGUGAUGGUGGUAGUGGAAGUAAAAAAGUGAUCAUUAUUGUUGCUGUGGUGACAGUAGUUAUUGUAGUUGGAGCUGGUGCAGCUGCCGCCGUGCUAUUUCUUGGAGGCAGUGGGGGAAAUGAAGAUUCAGGAUCGGCAACAUCUUGCGCAGACGAGUGUCAAAAUGGCGGUACUUGUGUUGGGGAUAUUACGUCAUACACGUGUACUUGCGCAGAAGAAUUCGAAGGUGAUAAUUGUGAAAUUGCAAACCCCAGUCCAUGUAAUGAUGUGAUGUGUUAUAAUGACGGUGAGUGUGAAUGGUCUGGAGUUCUUGGUGAUCCCCAUACAUGUGUAUGUGCUGAUGGUUUCAAUGGUACUAUCUGUGAAUUCAAUAUUGAUGACUGUCCUGGCAACCUUUGUAUGAAUGGCGCUGAGUGUGUAGAUGACGUUACGGGGUAUACGUGUACCUGUGCUCUUGGAUUCGAAGGCCAAUAUUGUGAAAAUGAAAUUGACGAAUGUGCACCUCGUCCAUGUGAGAACAAUGGUACAUGUAACGACCUCAUGGCUGCAUUUACCUGUGACUGUAUUGACGGUUUUGCGGGGGACAGAUGCCAAAACA